AUGGGUGUACCAGUACAGUACGAACGAAAUUUCCGAGCCAAAUUAGCCUACUUCAGAGCUCAAUGCUCCUCACACUUCCUCAACGGUCACGCAAGGCUCUGCAUCUCACGUGAAGGCCUUCUAGAGGAGUCUUUUCAACAGAUUCAACGACUGCCGGCCUCCGAGUUGCGCAAACGGCUACGCAUCACAUUUCUUGGUGAAGAAGGGUUGGAUUACGGUGGGAUUGCAAGAGAAUGGUUCCUACGUGUGUCACGGGACUUCUUCAAUCCUAUGUUCGGUCUCUUCGAGUAUACUGGAGCACACUACUCCCUGCAAAUUAAUCCCGCCUCUGAUGUCGCAAAUGUGGCUCACCUCGACUACUUUCACUUCAUUGGUCGCGUCAUUGGAAUGGUGGGUGUCUUCAGCAACCUUUACGCACGUUGUUUUGGAAGUGUGUUGGUUCCUGGUCUUAUCAGCACCUACGAAGUGUGGAUUGUGCCUUUCAUGGAUUUGAAUAAUCACUUCAUUCCACUAUUAGCUGUCGAUAUUACGAAACCGGCUUUAUUUCAUGGUCGUUGCAUUGAUGGUGGUUUUACCUUGGCCUUCUACAAGCGUAUCCUCGGUCGAAAGACCUGUCUUCAGGAUCUCGAGUUGGUUGAUCACGACUUCUACCAAUCCCUCGCCUUCAUUCGAGACAACGACGUGGACGAAUUGGACUUGGAAUUGUACUUCAACGGUAACUACUACAAGUUCGAUUCGUUGCAGGAGGAAGAGUUGAAGCCAGGCGGUAGGGAGAUUAAAGUCACCGAAGCUAACAAGAUGGAAUAUUUGAAACUAAUGGUCGAGUGGAGGCUUAAUCGAGGAGUGGGGGAACAGACUGAAGCCUUCCUCAAGGGUCUCUUUGAGGUCGUGGAUCCAUCUUGGUUGCAAGUUUUUGACGAACGCGAAUUGGAGGUAGGUCUGCUCACCAUCUCAAUUCUCAGCGUAUCAUUUGUUCUAAAACAUAGCAUCUAUUAA